AUGUCCUCCAAGCAGACCCAACCCAUCUCUCAAUACACCUCAGUCUCUCGACCUCACCAAGGUCGGACGUCGCAAGCUUACGCAUACCAACAAGCUGGCGCGUCCAAUACGCUCAAUUCCUGGCUCUCAGAGGCCGAUUCGAAGGCGCCGUUUCACGCCAUCGGUGGGUACCGACCCAUGACUGCCGUUUCCGACAACGGCACGAAUACGUGGGGUUCCGGGCCAGCUCCGAGCAGCACCGGAGCGACGUGGGGCAGUGUACACGGCGAUCGGAGCUGA